UUAAUAAAUCUAUUAGUGUGUAAUGUGCAUGUUUUACAUGUGAAAAAACAAGAAUAUCGUAUUAUUUAAACAAAAUUAUAUAGAAUAAAAGCUUUCUUUCUUAUUUUUUUAAAGAAUUGGACCUUAAAAGUGACUAAAACAAAGUGCGUAACGAAUAAAAAGUGACUUCGAUAAAUAUUUUGUAUCGGUUGAAAAACGCAAGUAAAUUUUGAUGUGUGUUGAUGUGUAAUGGGACCCAUAAUGAACUGUUAUCGGAUGCACAUUUUUCGAUAAAAUUCCGUGGAAAAGAUAAGGAAAGAUGUUAUCACACGCGAACAUCGACAAACAGGAACUAGUGGAAGAGGAGCCUUACUCGUAUGACCAAGCUAAAAAAGUAAAAUGGUAUUACUACAUAUUGCUGAACCGGCCGAUAAAGGUGAUCCUGGCGGUCAUUUUGUUAGGAAUCUUAGUUCCUAUACUUCUGUACCAGUUCGUGUACGUCAGCAGCGGAGACUGGCCUCCCCUGGAUGGGUAUUCCACUGGCACUUGUCUUCUGAACAGAUUCGCAAGAAUUCCAUGCGGAAACGGGUCCAUGGAACAAAGCAACUGCCAUUCCCAAUGCUGUUAUGACCUUAACACGAAUUUCUGCUUCCAUAGAUUCCCGUCAAGGUUCUCUUACAUCCUCAAUCAUCAGUGGAGUGAGAACACCAUACUUGUACCCAGAAUCCCUACCGUUCCAUUCAAGAACUUACCUAGUAUACCUGGAAUUAAAAUUGCUGUAGACGAAAUAUCUUCCACCCAUCUCUCUUUCACUUUUUACGAUCAGACUAUAAUGGAUUUGACAGGUUCUAAAUUAGAAAACAAAAGUUACGAUUAUACACUGUCAGCUCAAGAAUUGAGUGUCACCGUGAACAGCGAUCAAGGGAUAAUAUUUAGCACAGCGAGAGGGCCAUUAAUAGCAUCCGACGGAAUUUGGGAGAUCGCUUUUAGAUUGACAAACGAAACGAUGUACGGUCUUGGGGAAAUACCAUUACUUGAAGGGACAUCUAAAGUUAUAUAUAAUUAUGACGGUGGAUUGAGUUCUGUACCAUUGAUCUUUGCGAAAUCUAACGGCUCCUACCACGGUUUGCUGGUCGAUGUAAAAGAGCCAUCGGAAAUGAUCGUUGGAGGGGAAAAUCAGAUGCUCUUAAGGAGUUUAACAAGCCGAGGCCUGAAAUUUCACUUGUUUGUGGGCCCUGAACCUUCCGAUGUAAUGAAGGAUGUGAGGAAAUUAUUAGGGUCGAAUUCGCAGUUGGAAUAUUGGAUGCUUGGAGCGCAUGUUUGCAAUGAAAUAGAAUCAUCACCAUCCGAAGCCUUCCAACACCUAACGAACUUCACAGCCGCAGCCACUCAGGCGCAAGUUCCAUACGACAGCCACUGCGGGACUUCCCCCAUUGUUUUGGAGAACAAAUGCGGUGCACAGACAUACAUAGACGAAGGCGGUAGAUUAGUGAAGAACGCCAAUAAAAGAUUUACACCGCAUUUGUCACCUUACAUACGUUAUACUGAAGAAAAUACAUCCAAUUCAGAGACCACUACAGAAACGACUGAAUCACGGAUUGAAGAAACCACAUUACCUGGUGAAGAAGAUGAAGAAUGUGCAGAUCUAGCCGUAGAUUUCGAAGAAUACAUGAUCCGAAAUCAUGCCGGGAAAAUCUAUAAAGGAAUGGUUGAGAAACAUAGCGUUAUUUACCCGACUUACAGAAAUGUUAGUCAUGAGUUUAUAAAGAAUUGGUGGCAGUAUAAUGAGACCCUGGAUGGAAUAUUUUUGGAAAACACUUGGCCUUUGGAUGAAGCUGUCAAAAAUCAUAGUUAUGCUUAUUCGGCUCUGCCAUAUUACAAUCAGCACUUCGAAACAGCAUUCGACAAAACGCUACUCUGGAACACUUCUCUGCCCGACGGUACCAUGUACUUCCACGAACACAACGCAUUCUCCAAUCACUUCGUAGACGCCGUGAAGUUAGCUUCAGACGGCAUCCCCACUUGGACCGCCAGCCAAUGGCAGAACGGCGACGUCAUGAUCCAUAGACAAAACGUCGAGACCUCUUGGUCGAAUUUGAAUAAAGAACUGAUUCAAGCCGCGUUGGGAGGAAUAUCAGGCCAUUGGCUUUGGUCAUCGCCAAUUUGCGGAGACACUUUCAACUAUAAUAGUACAACGCAAAGGGAGCUCUGCUUAAAAUGGUAUUUAGCCUCAACUUUCAUGCCUAUGAUCAAAAUUCACUCGAAAGGCGUGGAAAGACACCCGUUAUCUUUCGAGGGGAUCGAGAGGACAGUAGCUAUAAAUUCUUUGAGAAACAGACUGACUUUGAUGCCGUAUUUCUUCACGGUACUCCAAGAAGGUCCGUUAUUAAGGCCAAUGUUUUACCAAUUCCCCAAAUCGGAGCGACUAGCGAUUCUUACAAGUCAGUACAGUGUGGGUGAAGAUUUACUGAUGGUUCCAAAUUUGCUGCCGAAUCAAGGUCACGUGCACGUAAGAGUUCCACCAGGGACCUGGUUCGAACUCUGGGGCGGGUCACAGCUGGUCGGAGAAGAAGGUGAAGCGGUCACCAUGACCGACACGACACGGGAUAUUUUGACUUUCAUCAGAGCUGGUUCGAUAAUUGUAAUGCAAAAAAAUCCAAGUGUGACAGCGGAAUUGACUCGGCAACAAGCCUUCAUAUCACUGACGAUUGCACUCGACCACCAAAUCCUCAAUGAAACAGAUCACGAAAACAUCACUACAUCAAUAGACUCAUAUCAGGCAUCAGGAAAAUUGUAUAUAACAGAAAACCUGACUAUAUCCUUCGAAGCUAACGAAGAAAGACUACUAGCGACAUCUCUUGGCGAUGAUUUCGAUCCAUUGUGUGGUUUGACAGCGGUGUCCAACCGUUUCGUAACGGAACUAAAGAUUUUCGGACUACCCUCCGAAAGGAAUAAUUACGAUAAUUACAGACUGAUUUCGUCUGUAAUUAUUUUGUGUAAUUUACAAACGCAGCCGGAGAUUACGUUUGUUUAUACUUAAAAUAAUAUACAUAUUUGAAAUAAAACUGAUAAUUUAUUUCUUAAUUUAUACAAAUUAGUUUUACCAAGAAUGAUUUUUUUUUUUAUAAGAAU